CACGCGCCGGGAGGGAGGAGCCGGGCGCGCCACAGCAGGCGCGCGGAGUCCGAGCCGGUAGCCCGCGCCCUGCGGCCGGCGGCCGGCGGCGAUGAAGAUCUGGAGCUCGGAGCACGUGUUCGGCCACCCAUGGGACACCGUCAUCAAAGCUGCCAUGAGGAAGUACCCGAAUCCGAUGAACCCCUGUGUCGUGGGAGUUGACGUGCUAGAGCGCAGUGUGGACGGCCGGGGCCGGCUACACAGCCAUCGCCUCCUCAGCACCGAGUGGGGUCUGCCCGGCUUCGUGAAAGCGAUUUUGGGGACCAGUAGGACUUUGACAUACAUCAAAGAACAUUCUGUUGUGGAUCCAGUAGAGAAGAAAAUGGAACUUUGUUCCACCAAUAUCACACUCACAAACCUGGUGUCAGUGAACGAGAGGCUGGUGUACACACCCCAUCCGGAGGACCCGGAAAUGACGGUGCUCACACAAGAAGCCAUCAUCACCGUGAAGGGGAUCAGCUUGGGCAGCUAUCUGGAAAGUCUGAUGGCCAAUACCAUAUCAUCCAAUGCAAAGAAGGGGUGGGCUGCUAUUGAGUGGAUAAUUGAGAAUUCUGAGCGCGCCGUGAGCUAACGGGGUCUGCACCUGCACCCUAUGACCAACAGUGGUAACUACAGUGCUCUUUAACCCCGUAGAGAAUUUAGCUUCUUGCUAACAACCGUGUGCAUGGUGGCUGGCGUGGGGUGUUCCGAGGUCUAGCUGCAUGUGUCUCCAGCCCUCGGCUCCUUAGUAUCUUCUGAAAUGGAAACGGCCAUGAGUUCAUCCUCUUCCUAAUUCAUCUCCUUGUUUCACGGCAGGAUUUGUUUCCCAGGGAGACUUGGGUAUCCAGAUUUGUUAUCUGGUCUCUAAGAGAGGCAGUCCAGCUUCUCCCAGGCUGUUCUCAGCACCUGCUUGCUUAAAUGUUUCCUAGAAUUACUGCAGCAUCAGUAAAGAGGCUGUCGCGAGUAGUCCCAGACCGAUCCAAUGGGAGGAAUUUUUCGUUUUGGGUAGGAUCUGAAUAUUUGCACAUGUUCUUACAAAGAAUGCCCUGUGGCCUUGCAUCAGCGCCAGCACCCAGCCACAUGACUGCUACUGGCACUUUUCUUUUAGUGGCAGAAGCAAUUUCUAGCAUCUUCUUGAGCUUUGCAAACAUUCCUUGGUUUCCCAGGCCACCAGUGGCUGGACUACCGGAAAGGGAUUUGACGCUUAAUUGGUCAGCAGCCAUCUUCACACUUCAUAGGAAAGUCAGAGCAUUUCCUGCUUCCCUCUGUUUAGGGAAUCCUUAUACUCCUGCCUUGAAACCCUCACCCUGUUGACCUUCCAUACUGAGCUGCUCUGGGCUCCGCUUCCCACAGUUGGUCUGUCUGUCUGUCUGCAGCAUGUGUGUACACACGCUGUGCCUCAGUCAGCAAACAGAAACGUGUGUUUCAGGCUCCUUUAAGAACUUCCUGCUGAAGCUUAAGUUGGCCAGAGACCUUCACCUUGAACCCAAGGUCAUGAUCUGCUGCUGGCUCUCUCUUCUUCCAUGGAGGCACCACUAAGGUGACUGCACGUAGAGAGCCAGCCUGGUGAGCAUAGUGUGUGUGUGGGCAGUGUGGCAUGUAUGCUGUGUCCCUCCGAGCUGUGGACUCUGUCACAUUCUGUUCCCUCACAAACUAGAGCUAAACUGCCUCAAUCUUUAAUCAGAUGCCUCAUCCAAAAAAUCAAAGAAGAAAGAACGAAAGAACAAGAGGGAAAAAGGAAGGAAGAAGGAAAGGAAGAAAUAAGCGAGCCUUGAGUAUGGUUCGCCCUGUCUGGGAGAGGUGUGGAAUCUGCUGGAAUCUGCCACUUGCCUAGUCACAGCCUCCACUGGGCUCUUUGGCUGUGACCUCUCAAGACAAGAGGCCUGUCUGUUGCAGACUGAGACCCAAAGAAGGGAAGACCGCUAGCAGGAGGAGGACGAGGGCCACAAAGCUGCCACGCCACUGCUGCCACAGGCCAGCCGCCCCCGGGCCGGUGUUGUUAGACUGCUCUUAUGCCUUGUCUGUUUUCCUCUGGACGGCAGCGUCUAGCAAUUUUCUGCUGACCCUUGGGAGCUUACUAAACAACUUUGCUCUUUCCUGAUGACCCCCUGUUUCCCUCCCACGCCCCUUGGCCAACUGUCUGCACUGUCAGUCUCUUCACACAUCUCUGGCCACCAUCUGUCACGUCAGAGGCGACGCCGUGCAUCCUCCUCACCACUGUUAGGGCAGGUCUGCACAUGCCGGAAUAGGGCCGUCCACCCCCACAGUGAUACGUGUGGUGACAGCACCGUGAGCUCUCCCAUCACAUGGUUGACUUUGGUCAAGAGAGCAAAGCACCCUGCCCUCAGGCUGUGGCUGGCUUGUCCUGGGCUCUGGGACCAGCGACCCCCUGGGGCUGAAGGCUUAUAUUACUUGUCACCAUCCCGACACGUCCGUGGGGAGGCUCAUGCAUCGGGGCCACUGAGAUGGGAUGGUGGCAAAAGUGCUUGUGAGCUCGAGGUGUCCUGUCAGCUUUAAGGUACUUCCGGGUGGGAAUUUUAACUUUCCCGUUUUCACAGGCAGAGUGUAAAAUCUUUCCAUCUGCUUUGAAUUCUAAAAACUUUAGAGAAGGCCUUCUCCAUUAGGGAUGAGUAGAACUGUGUUCUACCGUUAUUUUUUUAGAUAGUGUUUUUUGUUUGAUAAUAGUAUUUCUAAUCCAAAAUGAAAUGAUAUUCAUUUAUAUUUUCAUCUGAAUAUUUUAUGCUUAUAGCUCCUGGUAAAAAGGAGUUAAAAGAUUUAUGGUAAGAUAACCCUCUCCCCUUACUCGCUCUGCAAAGCUCAUUUCUACCCUUCUGAGGGGACACUCAACUCUUUUGGUAGUUUUUGGCUUUUACCACUAGAUUUCUAAAUAAGUAAACAUAUUCUGCUAUUU